UUUAAGGUUCCAUAUAGAACAGUGAGGAUGACUUGCAGAAGCACCAAAACGGCAUCGUAUUUUGCCGCUCCUCUCGUUACGGUUUUUUCGCUUUUGUUUGUUCAUUCUCAUCGGCGAUCUUCAGUUCCGAAGCACCAUUUUCUGAUUUCUUUUCGCAAGGUGUAGAGAAGUUGCAAAAUGGAGGAAUUUCUUGUGGCAGUUCUCUCGAUGCUUCUUGUUGUUGCAUUGGUUCCUCUGUUUCUUUGGCGACGCUAUCAGGACUCCCGCUCCGGUCAUGCACAUGAAGAUGAGGAUCAGGUUCCUCAGAGAGAAACGGUGGUUCGUGCUACUGGUGGUGGACGUCGUAUGCGCCGGAGACCUGCUAUGGCUGCUAGUUCGUCGAAUGCAGGGGCAUUUGUGGAAGAUAAUGCUGAUGGAAGUGAUGAUGAAAUUGCCGCUGAAGAAUACCAUGGGGGAAGGGUGUUGAAGAAGAAAGAAAAGAAGCGACAAGAGCGGGAGGCGCAAAGACAGGCCGAACAAGCUUCCCGUGACUCAAGGUUGACCAAACAAGAUCGUUAUGCAGAAAUACGGAGGAAAAAAGAUGAGGAGCGUGAAGGGCAGGAACGGUUACUGGAAGAAGAAGCCAAGGCACGAAAGGCCAAGGAGGAAGAGGCUGCUGCACUUGAGUUUGAGAAGUGGAAAGGGGCAUUUUCAGUUGAUGCUGAAGGUACAACUGAAGCUGAAGUGGAAGGUGGAAAUCAAGAUUUGCUGACUGCUUUUGUGGAAUAUAUAAAGAGUCAUAAAUGUGUUCCAUUGGAAGAUCUUGCUGCAGAAUUUAAAUUAAGAACUCAGGAAUGUAUUAAUCGGAUCACCUCCCUGGAGAGUAUGGAUAUCGCAAGUAACGCUAAUUGCCAUUCUGAUCGAACAAAUGCACAAAUUUUAUAGGCCGACUUUCUGGCGUUAUGGAUGAUAGAGGAAAAUACAUAUACAUUUCAAAGGAAGAAAUGCAAGCGGUAGCUGAUUUCAUCAAGCGUCAGGGAAGGGUUAGUAUUUCACAUCUAGCUAGUAAGUCCAACCAGUUCAUUGAUUUGGAACCAAAAUCCCAAUUGGGUGAGGAAAUCAAUGUUGAGGAGAUAGCUGUCUCUUAAUACACGUUAAUUUUGGAACGGAAUGUUACAUAUCAAAUAAUCAUUAUCAACUAGUAUAUAUUUUACCCAAAGAUCGUGGGUGGCAGUCGAUAAA